AUGGUCAUGAAUCAAUUCGCACUUUGCUGCUGUUUGCAUCGUCGGGCAAAGAUGUUCUUCCAUACUAUGGGUGGCAUGGGAGGUAUGGGCAGAGGACAAGAAGGUCCUGUUGACACUCGCCUUUAUGAUCUUCUAAAAGUGAAACCAGAUGCUAGCGAAGAUGAGAUCAAGAAGUCAUAUCGCAGACUAGCCAAAGAGUUCCAUCCUGACAAGAAUCCUGAUCAUGGAGAUCAGUUCAAAGAAAUUAGCUUUGCCUACGAAAUCCUAUCAAACCCUGAACGACGUCGCUUGUAUGAU